AUGCUGGAGAAGACUAAAGACAGGUGGAGGGAUUACCUCGAAGAGCAUUCCAAGGUUGCCAAGGUCGUCGAAUGGCUUCAAGACCUGCUCCCGCCCCUCAAUUACAUCACCAUCCAUUAUGCCUACUUCAUCAUUGUCAUUGUCAUUUCCUCGCUCAUCUUCUGGGGUUCCUCGAGCUCGUUUAACAGUGUCGACUAUGUCGAUUCCUUAUUUCUAGUGACAUCCGCUCUGACGACGACUGGGCUCAACACCACCAACCUCAGCCAGCUCACCACCUGGCAACAAGUCCAGCUAUGGUUCUUGUUUAUGAUUGGGAGUCCGCUUUGGAUAUCGUUCUGGACCGUCAUCAUCAGAAGGUAUGCUUUUGAGAAGAGAUUCGAGGCCAUCGUGCAGCGUGAGCGCGAGAAAAGGAAGAACAUGUCCAUCCUUCGAGCGCCCAAUCUUGGGAGCAUGCUUUCUUUCGGCAAGCACUUCACUAGUGCCUCGCAGAGCAUUAUUCCAGGCCUAGGCUCGAAGAUUCGAUCCAAUGCAGAACCAAGCCCACUUGCUACGGAGCUUGCUAUUGUCGAAGCGCGACCGGUUGACCCCGUCACCACCCCUGCUCCGCCAGAAGUCACCGCUGCUUCGAAUCACGACGAUAGUGGUAGCGAAACCCAAACAGUGACUUCGGAGGGCCCCGGCCAAAAUGAGCUACGUAUCGAUACAGUUAGAGAGAUACCUAGAGACCGCAUCUCCUUUGUGGAGCCUACUUCGCCAAAGGGCGGCGAAGCGCAUACAUCGGCAUAUCAACCUGGAAACCACCUUCCUCAGGCUCGCGACAGACGCCAAUCAGUUGCGACAUCAGUUUCCUCGGAUGAUGGAUUCUUGCAUUGGAAGAAGAUUUUGGGAAGCCACAAUGUUACCAAGAAGGGCCAGUUUUUCGACCUCAGUUCGGAUGAACGCGAACAUUUGGGUGGCUGUGAGUAUCGGGCUCUCAAGAUGCUUUCUAUUGCUGUUCCCCUAUACUCUGCUUUCUGGCAAAUCUCGGGUGCCAUUGCUCUGGGCUGUUGGGUAGGCACUCGACACCCCGACCCUGCUCUAGCUAAUAGCCAAAAUCCGAUUUGGGCAGGCAUCUUCUAUGCUGUGUCCGCCUUCAAUAAUAUCGGAAUGUCUUUGGUGGACGACAGCGUCAUUCCAUACAAGAGCGACUACUUUGUUCAACUCGUCAUUGCGCUACUCGUCUUGGCCGGCAACACGGCGUAUCCCGUCUUCUUUCGAUUUUCACUCUGGAGCACAUUACAGAUCCUUCGCCUCACAACCGGGGAAGACGAUGAAAAUUUUGCUCCUUGGAAAGAGACAUUGGAAUUUAUUCUGAAAUACCCGAGACGAGUGUACACCACCCUGUUUCCAUCUCGGGCGACGUGGUGGUUGGUUCUGGUCCUUUUCGUCACCAACAUUUCCGAUUGGGUGGCAUUUGAGGUGUUGAAUAUUGGCAAUCCCGCGGUCACAGCCCUCUCCCUUGGUGACAAGAUUAUGAAUGGUUUGUUUCAGGGAGUUGUUGUUCGAGCGGCCGGCUUUACUGUGAUUUCCAUCACCGCCCUUUAUAUCGGAGUGCAGGUUCUCUAUUUGGUCAUGAUGUACAUCGCAGCCUAUCCAGUCAUUGUCACCAUGCGAAGCUCAAAUGUUUAUGAAGAGCGCUCUCUCGGCAUCUACGAGGAUGACCCUUCAGUCAUCGAACUAGGAGCACCCACCUCUCUAUUCGCCGACCAGGACGAAGUCCAGAAGCCUAAAUCCCUCCGUCGCCGAAAGACCGCCGCUGUGAUUGGAAAACAGCUCAAGAGAGCCACUACGUCGUUCCAGGGGGUAGGUGCUGCAGCGCCCGCGAAAUCCGACGAGGGUCCCAGCCGGAUUUCCUUCGUAAGGCAACAAAUUCGGGGCCAGCUGGCUCACGAUCUGUGGUGGCUUGUGGCUGCUAUCCUAAUUAUUGUUGUUAUCGAAACCAGACAUUUCCUGGAAGACCCAGUCACAUACAGCGUUUUCAACAUCCUUUUCGAGGCGACGUCGGCCUACGCUUGCGUCGGGCUGUCGCCAGGUCUUCCAACAGCAUCAUAUAGCUUCUCGGGCGGUCUGUACAAGGGCAGCAAGGUGGUCUUGGUGUUCGUCAUGCUGAGAGGAAGACACCGGGGGCUCCCCGUGGCCAUUGAUCGCGCCGUGCGCCUACCAGGAGAGAAGCUGAUCAAGCAGGAAGAGGAGGACUCAAGAAUCCGGCGGACUAAGACGAUGCAGAGGAUGAUGAGCCGCGAGUCACAGGCAUAG